AUGGCGUGGGGACCUGUUCAACUUAAUUCACAUAUCUCAUCUAUCUGGUGCAACUUUUACAGAAAAAGCAAAUUACAAGUUGCCCAAAAAAACUUGAAACCUUCAAGAGAGCUAGCAAUGAAAGUUUUAGAGCCUUUUGUUUCUGCUGCGGUGGUUUUGCAAGACUCAAUCAAACUUCUCCCCAAAAAUGGGAAGCUCAUAGCAUUAACCAUUACACCUGCUCUUCUUUUCUCCUCCCUCUUCUUCUUGGUUUUCAAUUUCUCCUGCAAAUCAAUGUUAAGCGACAUGCUCAUGAGGCAGUCUUUCAUACCUUUAACCAGCACCAAUAGAGCUGAUUUCUUGACCAUACUCGCCCGUCUCAAAGAAGAUUUCGGCCUCUGGCAAGUUGUUGGUGCUACUUUGAUUCUUGCCUACUGUAUCAUCUCCCUCUUCUCCAUAAUUUCAACCAUUCUGGUGUCUGCCAUUUCAUACACUGAAAGGACAUUAAGCACCAAGGACUUUAUUUUACUUGUACUGAGAUCCUGGAAAAGGGCGUUGAUAGUCGGAUUUUACGGUACCAUGGUUCUUGAUGUGGGCUACAUUUACUGUCUUUUUGCUUUGGCUCGCCCUGGAAGUUUGUAUUUUGGGUCUGUUGCCUUCUUUACCUUUUACUUAGCGUGCAUUGUUUUCUACAAUAUCGUUUAUUUACACACAUCGGUCUUCUGGGCUUUGAGCAUAGUGAUCUCAGUGAUGGAAGAAAAUUGUUACGGGAUUAAGGCAGUGAAAAAAGCAACAGAACUCAUCCAGGGAAAAUCGAUUCUGGGUUACAUUUUGAAUACGAUAUUUGCCGUGCUAUCUGUGAUUCUAUUUCAAGGGUUCAGGGUUAUUAGAGGACACAAAUGGUUGGUAAAUGAGACAUUUUUUUGGUUGUUUCUGGUGAAUUUCUCGUGUUUAUUAAGGUUGUUGAAUGUUGUGGUGUUCACAGUCCUCUAUUUUGAGUGUAAAAAGAACCAUGGUGAAGAGACCGUUGAUCUUCUAGCAGCAGAAGAGUAUGCUGAAAUAUCUUCUAUGCCACUUGCUGAUGAUAUGCCAUAA